AUGAGUUGGCUCAAGAGUGGAAGCACCAUUCCAACUACAUUGCAAACAACACCUCAUUGGGCGACGGCAUUCCCGUCGACACUCUCGACGUUGACGAGUACAACGAGCUCUUCGAUCAAAAAGCAUUUAUCUAUGAAAAGACCAGGAGAGCCACUGUUGUCGAUCCAGGUUUAUGCUUCGGUUUCUGCAGUAUGCCAUGUCAUGCACAGGAACCGCUGGGACAAGGGUUGGUCCAAGAAUUGCUGGAACUUUUGGUGCUGGCCGCGCUGGCCGGCUGCCGGUUUCCGAGAAGGAGAGCAGUUUCGGAACACCGUGUUUGCAACUGUGACAUCUGAGGCCGAACUCGGCGAGUUCUGA